AUGGCAGACAGCGCAGGGCUGCAGUUUGUCAGUCCAUAUGCAUUCGAGGCAAUGCAAAAGGUGGACGUGCAGCGCCUGGCAGCCUUAAGUGACCCUGAGUUGAGGUUACUUCUUCCCUGCUUGGUGAGGAUGGCUUUGUGUGCCCCGGCUGACCAAAGCCAGGCUUGGGCAGAGGACAAGAAGCUCAUCCUCCGGCUGCUCUCAGGAGUGGAAGCUGUCAACUCCAUCGUAGCACUCUUGUCUGUUGAUUUCCACGCUUUGGAACAGGAUGCCAGGAAGGAGCAGCAGCUGAGGCACAAAGCUGGUGGUUCGAAUGUGGAGAGUAUCCUGGUCUCGCAGCUGCAGCAUGGCCUUACCUUGGAGUUUGAACACAGUGAUCCUCUCAGGAGACUUCGUCUGACCCUCAGUGAGCUUCUGGCAAUCAUGAGUAAGGUGGCUGAUUCAAAUGGAGAAUUCUUUCUUAAGUCAUCAGAACUUUUUGAAAGCCCAGUGUAUUUAGAAGAGGUUGCAGAUGUUCUCUGCAUUCUACAAGCAGAACUACCUUCCCUGCUGCCAAUUGUGGAUGUGGCAGAGGCUUUGCUGCAUGUUCGCAAUGGAGAUUGGUUUCUUUGUCUGCUGGUUGCCAAUGUGCCUGACAGCUUCAAUGAAGUGUGCAGAGGUUUGAUCAAGAACGGAGAGCGUCAGGAUGAGGAAAGCGUUGGUGGUCGACGCAGGACUGAAGCCCUGAGGCAGCUGUGUCAGAUGAAUCCUUCACAGGCUCUCAAUAUACGUGCUAUGGUGGUGGAAGAAUGUCAUCUUCCUGGCUUGGGUGUGGCUCUGACUCUGGAUUACAAACCGGAUACAGCAGAUGAAGCAGUCAGCCCCUUGGUUUCUUAUGUUAGCGGUUUAUUACUCGGCACCAACAGCAAAGUCCGCACCUGGUUCAGCAUGUUUAUUCGCAAUGGGCAACAGAGAAAGAGAGAGAGCAGCUCAGUUCUGUGGCAGAUGCGCAGGCAGCUGCUGUUGGAGUUGGUUGCUAUCCUGCCCCGCUCGCGCAGCACCCACGUUCCCAACGAUGGUGACAUGGAUGACGAGGGUGGCUCUGGCUACUCUGGCCUCAGAGAGGAGCAUGUGGUGAAGGCAAGCGCUCUGCUCCGACUCUACUGUGCUCUCAUGGGCAUCGCUGGCCUCAGACCUACGGACGAGGAGGCAGAGCAGCUUCUGCAGCUGAUGACGAGUCGGCCGCCAGCCACUCCUGCUGGUGUUCGUUUUGUCUCCUUGUCUUUCUGCAAACUAUUGGCCUUCCCUACACUGGUCAGCACACCAGAGCAAGAGCAGCUCAUGGUCAUGUGGCUCAGUUGGAUGAUCAAAGAGGAGGAAUAUUUUGAGAGUGCUGCAGGCGUAUCGGCCUCUUUUGGAGAGAUGCUAUUAUUGGUGGCCAUGUAUUUCCAUAGCAACCAGCUCAGCUCAAUUAUUGAGUUGGUGUGCUCUACUUUGGGAAUGAAGAUUGCCAUCAAACCAAGCUCUCUAAGCAAGAUGAAGACCAUCUUCACACAAGAGAUCUUCACGGAACAGGUUGUUACAGCUCAUGCAGUGAGGGUUGCAGUGACCAACAAUCUAAGCGCCAACAUUACAGGAUUCCUCCCCAUUCACUGUAUCUACCAGUUGCUUCGAAGCCGAGCCUUUACCAAGCAUAAAGUCUCCAUUAAGGACUGGAUCUAUCGUCAGCUGUGUGAGACCAACACCCCCAUCCACACACAGCUAAUACCUCUGGUUGAUGUUUACAUCAACUCAAUCCUCACUCCAGCGUCUAAGGCCAACCCCGAGGCUACCAACCAACCAAUAACAGAGCAGGAAAUCCUCAGUGUUUACCAGGCCUCCUCUCAAGGAGACAACAGUCGAGGAGGACGGCAGCAUAGCUCCAUCACAGCCCAACUUCUUAUUCUCUACUACAUCCUGUCCUAUGAGGAAAACCUAUUGUCUAGCACUAAACAAUUGGCUUUAAUGCAGAAAAAGCCCAAGUCAUAUUCAGCAGCACUGAUGGACAAGAUCCCCAUUAAGUACUUAGUUACACAAGCCCAGGGGCUGCAACAAGAGCUUGGGGGUUUGCACUCUGCCUUGUUGAGAUUGCUAGCUAUCAACUACCCUCACCUUUGUCUUGUUGAGGACUGGGUGUGUGAAGAGGAGGUAACAGGUACUCUUCCGCUUCUGAGGAAAAUGAUGCUCCCUAGCAACACCUGCAGAUACACUCAGAGCCAGCUUCAUCAGGCCUUCCAGAAGUUACCAUCUAGCAGUCCAAGGCUGAUGCGAAUCCUGGAGCAGUUGACACUUCUCACACCGGGAGACCUCAUCCCUUAUUCAGAGUCCCUCACUGCCAGCAUGGCUCUGCUGUUGGAACCUGCUGUGCCUCGCCGCAUUCUGCAGAUCCUCAACAAGCUCUGGAUGGGCCUCAACACUGUGAUGCCCCGCAGAUUGUGGGUGAUGACAGUUAACGCCCUCCAACCUUCUGCAAAGCUGCUCAGACAGCAGACGUAUACUCAGAACGACCUCAUGGUGGAUCCUUUGAUUGUUCUACGCUGUGAUCACAGGGUGUACAGAUGUCCACCUUUAAUGGACAUUGUCCUUCACAUGCUGAAUGGCUAUCUGCUAGCGUCCAAAGCCUACCUGCACAGCCAUUUGAAGGAGACUGCCGAUUUUGACAGACAGAGCCAGACAGUCUCAAACCUUGGUGUACCUGGACAGCCAGAUACACCUGAGGUCACCAGGGAAGAGCUGAAGAACGCCCUUUUAGCUGCCCAGGAUAGUGCAGCAGUCCAGAUUCUUCUGGAGGUGUGUUUACAAACCUCUGAGGAACAGCAGCUGGGAUGCAGCACCGAGAGUCUUUUGAGGGGCAUUAGAGGCCCCGUGCCAGGGAAGACGGAACAAAGAAGUCUGCUGCCGAGAGGCGAGGAGGGGCUGAGGGACUCGGAGCCGGAGGGAGGCUUGCUCAGUGAUUUGAGGGAGGUGCAGUGUCUCAUCUGUUGUCUCCUGCAUCAGAUGUUCAUUGCCGACCCCAAUAUUGCCAAACUAGUCCAUUUUCAGGGUUAUCCUCAAGCUCUGCUGCCCUUAACAGUGUCCGGCAUCCCUUCCAUGCAUAUCUGUCUGGACUUCAUCCCAGAACUCCUGGCCCAGCCCCAACUGGAAAAGCAGAUUUUUGCAAUCCAGUUGCUGUCCUACCUAUGCAUCCAGUAUGCACUGCCUAAGUCACUCAGUGUGGCCAGAUUGACUGUCAGUGUUAUGGGUACACUUCUUACAGUGCUGACUCGUGCCAAGCGCUAUGCCUUCUUCAUGCCCACCCUGCCGUGCCUGGUGGCCUUCUGUCAGGCCUUCCCGCCGCUCUACGAAGAUGUAACCGCCCUGCUAGUACAAGUGGGGCAGGUUUGCGCCUCUGAUGUGGCCACCAAAACUCGGGCCAUUGACCCUCUCAUCGCUCGUUUGAAUUAUCUAAAGGAGAAGCCACACGCUGCUUCAGUAGAUGGUGCAACCAAACUGGUGUUACCCCAAAGGACAGCAGAAGAACUUGGAGGAGCCGACACAGAUGUUCAGAUAUGCUACUGUGUUGAAGCAACAUUCAUGGACAUCAUCAGCUCCACCCUUCACGGGUUGUAG